CGUCAGCAGUGCCACGUCAGCAGUGCCACGUCAGCAGAGCCACGUCAGCGACAUGACGGGCCUGCCGGGACAGCUGGCCAAUGAGACCAUUGCCGACUACAAGAAGCGGUUCCACGCUCAACUCGCACUCAUCGAGGCCGAGGAGCAACGCCAGCUGGCAGCCGAGGCAGCACGCCAACAGGCUGAAGCAGCAGCGACCACAGAGAAGCUGCGGCUACAGGCUGAAGCAGACGCAGACACCCAGGCCCGCCGCAAGGAAGCCCAGGGUCUGCUGCAGCGGCAUGAAGCCACAAGCAUCGAGAAGCUCAAGUUUUGGCACUUUGAACCAAACGGCGACGAGCCGACACCGGAAGAGCAGCACAAGGAGUUUCUCUCCAAGCUCGURUCACGGCUGUUGUAUACUUGCAACUACCAACAGGCCGAGCUAGAGAAACAGCACCAGGAGUUGGCAACGCUCCGCCGCACAGUGCAGACCCACGAGGAUGCAACUCGGGCACUCAAUGCCCGAUUGUUGGACCUGGAACAGGCUGUACCAGGACCGGAUGCUGGUGCGUCCAGCAGUGCACCCUCUAGCCGUCAACUGGAGGAACGCGUUGACCAUGUGGUGGCCAUGCUCGGCGACAUCAGCGCCUUCGCUGCGCCGACCACCAUCAGCAGCCAGCUGAACGCAUUGAAGACCGAGGUUCAGAAAGUGCAGUCGACGAACUCGGAUGACAAUCCGAAGUUGUACAAGAUGCCAACUUUCCAACUUGAGAAGUUCGACGACUACACGCAUCAGGAUCCGGUCCUCUGGUGGGAAGCAUUCACGACACAGCUUCGCAUUCUGCCUGUUGCCAAACAUUCGUACAUCGGCGCCCUGUUCAUGAACUCAAAGGGCGGAUGCCAGACCUGGUUGACCCACCUGGCAACCUCCCACGGCGUCGACGUACCAGAUCUGAAGGACAAGAUCACAUGGGAGGAACUGACGCGGCUAUGGAAGAAGAGGUUCAUCGUCGACGACGCACCUGCUCUCGCCAUCAACCGUCUGUUCACUAUGACUCAGGGCAACACUGCAACACGGGACUGGCUCACGGAGUGGCAGAAGAUUGCGGCAGUGCCCAAUUUGAACUUACCAUUCGAGCAUUUGCGCCGUGAGUUCUAUAACAGGUCCUGUGCUGCAUUGAGCCAGGCACUUGGUGAUCGCGAACAGUAUGCAACCUUCGCCGAGAUCAUCGACAAGGCUCGCGAGAUCAUCAAGACCAACAGGUCAGCUGCACACGAGAAAGCAGCAUGGCAGCCGACCUAUGUGGAGAAGGCACGAACUGGUCCGCGACAGCAGCACUUCGCUGCAGUCCAGUCGGACAGUCCUUAUGGUCCUGGCUCCUUUCCAUUCUAGGGAGCGUCAGUCUGGUUCCUAUUCCCCCGGCAAGU